UGCAGAAACCGAUUUAAGUUGGACUGCUACCCCUACUGGAUGGUCGGUGCUUCCGAUUAACAGCUUCUUCUCGGCUUGGUCUGUUGGCUCCGGAGUGUUUGCUCAUUACAAGACGGUGACUACCAACGACGCUCUGGAAACUCUUCAGAAGUAUCCUAUAACUCAUGCUCAAUUUAGACCUUCCAUUUAUAUGGAGGCAUUGCACGAGAGGAAUUUGCGAAGCUUCAGCUUUCCAAACUUAAAGCGUUGUUUCGUUGCCGGAGAACCUACGAACGAACGUAUGGUACGUAGAUGGAAAGAAGAAACAGGAGUGAAAAUCUGGAACUAUUAUGGACAAACAGAGAUGAAUAUCCUAACAUUGCCAAGAGAACCUGGGGAUGACUCGCGUCCUGCUUCUGUUGGUAAACCUCUUCCUGGAAUAGAAAUGCUUAUUGUUGACGACAAUGGCAAAGAAGUGCCUCCAGGUACACUGGGAAGAGUUGUGAUUGGUUCGAAGCCUUGCCGUCCAGUUGGAAUGUUUACUUGUUACGUGGUAAGAAGGCGUAAUAAAAAAAAUAUCCUAACAUUGCCAAGAGAACCUGGGGAUGACUCGCGUCCUGCUUCUGUUGGUAAACCUCUUCCUGGAAUAGAAAUGCUUAUUGUUGACGACAAUGGCAAAGAAGUGCCUCCAGGUACACUGGGAAGAGUUGUGAUUGGUUCGAAGCCUUGCCGUCCAGUUGGAAUGUUUACUUGUUACGUGGAUGAACCUGAAAAAACUGCAGCAUGUUAUUCUGGUGAUUUCUACGUGACAGGCGAUCUGGGUCGUAUGGACGCUGAGGGUUAUUUUUGGGUCGUCGGUAGAAGUGAUGACAUGAUUAUCUACAACGCAGCCCGGAGAAAACUGAACCCUCCGAGUAAGGCGAGAACCAGCAACAAACUCAACCCGUGUAUGGCACUGGGCCGGAAUGGAACCCAGGUCACACUGGUGGAAGGCGAGCGCUCUCUUCACUGCGCCAUCCCUGCGGUGUACAUAAUCAACAUCAAUCCUUGUGAGGUGGAGAACUGUUUGAAAGGACAUCCUGCCGUACUGGACUGUGCUGUGGUCAGCAGUCCUUACAUGAUGACACAGACGACGAAAGCGUUCAUUGUGUUGUCAAGCGGCUUUAAAGAGAGAAAUCAAGAUGAACUGAUAAAGGAACUACAGGAUCAUGUGACGUAUAACACUGGAGCUUGGAUGUGUCCCAAGAAGAUGGAAUUUAUUGAGGAUCUUCCUAAAACUGCAGUGGGCAAGGUCAGCAGACGAGAGCUAAGGAAUAGGGAAUGGAGUAUAGAGUAGGACAAAGGACGUCGAAGGAACUAAAAGGCGGUGUAUGGCAUUUACAGACUAAUAUCAUAUUCCCAUUUCUAUUAUCGAGAGCUAAUCGUAAACAGCCUAACCUGAGCGUUAUUCAGGCUAACCUGAGUGAUCGGUCAGAAUAAGCGGAGCGCUAUUUAGGCCUAUGUGUAGUCUGCAUUCUGUAAAUGUCAUGCACCGCUAAAAAAGCAACUAACUCAUCUACAACAUAUAUUUUCUCUCCUGUGCGAAAAUCACUCCUAAAUAAUUUUUUUAAAUAAAGUUUUAAAACUUA